CUCCUCUGCCCCCUCUGGUGAAGCCUCAACGUGGGGAAGAGGGAGCAGCCUCCUGUUGUGCUCCACAUCACCCUGUCGCCGCUGCCGCUGCCGCCGCCGCCGCUGCUGCUGCUGUCACCCUGGGAACCCAAGUGCAGCUCGGCUCCAUCCGCCCAGGGGUAGCGCUCACUACUAGCGAGGGGGGUCCACUCAAUCUGCAUCGCCACGCUGCCAACGGCCAUCUCUCAGGCAUGGCUCCCAUUCGGGACUCGGUCAGCCACUCCCCUAAUCAAACAGGUUUGGAUCACACUGGUCUGGAAUCCCAGUAUGAGAAUUCUCCCUGGAGUUCUGGCAGCGACUCAAACAGCAACUGGGGCAAAGUCAUUGUAGACAGUUGCGUCGACAACAACAAGGGACAACCGUGGCCCUCCUCCAUCGCCGGUGGCGAGCCCGAGGUAGCCUCAGAAUGUACGGACGCUGACUCCACCUGCAUGACCGGGUCGGAGAGUCAAACCAUGAGCAUGAGCAGUAUGAUGGCGUCUGGGAACACUGGUGACAGUAAUGGCAACAGGCAGGGUGGCGGCGGUGGCAGCAGCAACGGCCCGAGCUCCCAGCCAUUCCUACUUGCGAACGGCGGCAAUAAUGUUGGCGGCGGCGUGAGCCUCAAGGGGCCUUGGGGGCUUUCCAACGGCCCGAUGCUAAGCACAUGUCCAGGCUCGGGAGAGAACCCUGGCGUCAAGAUGGCCGACGGAGGCCACGGCAAGUUAAAUGCAUGGGGUACCCAAGGUCCCUCAACCAAUGGAGGUAUAAAUCCAAGCACUUUGAACCCAAAUGCCAACCAUGGUGCCUGGCCUGUUCUGCAGAACACUGGGCCUAACCCGCUGGGGAAUGGUGGCACCAACACUCAACAAAGCACCGUAGGUCAAAUGCCCAGCCUUCAGAGUGGCAUCAACUCUAAGAUGUCCUGGGGGAGCCUGCCGGACAGCAUGGCCGAGUCCGACGUAGUCAGCGGUACAAACAAGCUUCCGAGUGGGCAGCCGCAAAACCUUAACACUGAAAUGAAUGGACCAAAUAACACUACUAACACGUUGACCUCUAGUUCACCAAACUCUACCGGUUCAGUGCAGCAGAUGAUGGAGCAGCAGCAGGCGGGGCACAGACCCUGGUCCGUGAGCUCGGGGGGGUCGGCACAGCUUCCCCUUCCCUCCCCGCUCACCAACGGCACUUCCAUGUCACAGCAGAUGCAGCAGCAGCAUCACGGCCACGGCGGUGGUAGCGACGGAACCAACGGCGGCAACAACGGCUUGUACGGUACGGCGUGGGGAGCUCCACCCGGCACUACUUACUCUGGAGAGAAAUGCCCCGCGCCCAAAGGCCCUGCCUCCUCCUCCUCCUCCUCCUCCUCUGCCUCUGUGGUGGGCGACACUGUGAACGCAACUCUAAUGCAGUCGGGGCCCAACGGCCCGGCCUCUCUGGCCAACACCAAUGCCCCUCCACCUCCCCCCUCCUCCUUCAAGAGUAAUCUCGCUGGCAACGGCAACGGCAGCGGCUGGGAUUCAGGCGGCAUGUCCUCCUCCGCACCACAGCCACAGUCGUCCCAAGACCUGUCGUCCUGGUCGCAAGGCAACAACGCGGGCAUGGGCCCCGCCGCCAGCAUCCCCAGGCCCUGGGGCAGCGUGUCCUCGUCUUCCUCCUCCUCCUCGUCCUCCUCCUCCUCUCACACUGGCACUAAGGUCUCCAACGGGGAGUGGAACCCACUGCCCGGCACCAAUCAGCAUUCCAAUGACAGCACAAACGGGAGCAGGAAGGGAACAAACGGCUGGAAGUCCCUGGAGCAGGACGCCCUGGGGCUGGGAGGAGGAGGGCUCGUGGGCGGCGGCAGCGGGAGUGGGGGAGACGGCUGUGGCAGCAGCGGCCAGGCCUCUCAGAGCAGCACAUGGAACAAGUCCACGGGCAGCGAGGGCAGCGGAGAGAGCUCCUGUGGACGCGGGGACAGGGACGGGCAAUCUCGCGGUGGUGGCAGCAGCGGUGGCAAUGCGGGUCGCCGGCGGCCCACCAACCAGCAGGGCCUCAUCAUGACGGCGCUGACGCGGGCCGACAUGGACCCCCGCGUGUUGUCCAACACCGGCUGGGGCCAAACCCCGGUGCGCCAAAACACUGCCUGGGAUGUCACCAGUUCCCAGAAGAAACCACCACCACCACAACCACAACCACCUCCACAGCAGCAGCAGCAGCAGCAUGAGACGUCUGGCUGGGGCAGCGCUCCUCCUCCUCCUCAGCAGCAGAUGAACUCCAGUGGCUGGGGAGACGAGCCCAACAACAACAACGCCCACGACGGACACACCAUGUCAACCUGGGGCGACCCCAAGCCCAACUCUGGAUGGGGCAAUGCCAAAGCCCAGACGGGGAGCCGCGGUGGUGGAGGAGGCGGCGGUGGCGGAGGUUGGGAAGAUGACAAGUGCAAUUGGGGAGGCAACACGGACAAGCCCUCCUCCUCCUCCUCCUCCAACACCUGGAACAACGGCCCCAAGACCAACAAGGGCUGGGGCACCCCUUCCAACAGUGGAGAUGGCUGGGGCGGUGGUGGUGGCGGAGGCGGUGACAACAGUUCCCGUGGAAAUUACUGGGGGGACCCGCCCAAGUCCAACUCUGGCGGCUGGGACAGGGACAGUGACAGCGACCGCUCAGGCUCUGGCUGGAGUGAGCCAGGCCGCUGCAACAACAACAACAACAACCACAGCAGCAGCAGCAACACCUGGGGCGGCAGCGGUGGCACCAACACUCCCGAUCAGUGCGGCCCUACAGGCUGGGGAGAGCCCUCCAAACCAAUCAGCAAUCAGAACCAGGGGGGCUGGGGCGAGCCAAUCAAACCCAGCCACGGCGGCGGCACCUCCGAGUGGGGCAAGCCACCGCAGGACCAGAACAACGGCGGCGGCGGUGGGUCUUUCCGGGGUGGCCCUUCCUCCAAUCCUCAGUCAGGCGGCCCCAAUGGCAACAAGGCCUCCGGUUCCGGUUGGCUCGGAGGCCCGGUCCCCACGCUGCAGAAGGAGGAGCUAUCUGGCGGAUGGGAAGAGCCGUCCCCCGAGUCCAUCAGGCGCAGGAUGGAGAUCGACGACGGAACCUCGGCGUGGGGGGACCCCAACAAGUACAACUACGGCAGCAUGAACAUGUGGAACAAGAACAGCGCUGCAGAGCAGGCCAUGGAGGGGCCCCCGCCACCUCAGCAGCAGCAACAACAGCAGCAGCAGCAGCAGCAGUCCCACCCCCACUCCCACUCCCACUCUCACUCCCACUCCCAGCCCCCACCACCUCAGGUGCCCCCCAACAUGGCCCCCAAGGAGAAGAGCUGCAACUCAGGGUGGGGAGAGACGUACAUCGCUCCUCAGAAGAUGGAGUCGUCUUCCUGGGGCGAGCCGUCUGGACCUCCACCCGUCUCCGUGGACAACGGCACCUCGGCCUGGGGCAAGCCCAUGGACACCGGCUCCAGCUGGGAGGAAACGGGUCGAGACAACUCUGGCGGCAGCGGCUGGGGGAACCCAUCCAUGGCCCAGCAGCCUCCACACAAGACUGGAUCCAAACCUAUGCAAGACAACUGGUGUGGAGAGGAGAUGCCCAUGGCAGGCUCGAGCCACAACCAUUGGGGGCAAGAGGAGGAGGAGGAGGUUGAGAUUGGCAUGUGGAAUAACAGCACCUACACCAGGCAGAAGAUGCCUCCCAAGAUGACUAAAGGACCCGGAAAGCAGGAUGAUCAAUGGAUGAAUCCGAUGGUGAAGCAAUUCAACAGCAUGACUUUUUCAAGAGAAUCCGAGGACUCUCACAAGAGCAAUAAGAUGGACAUGUCUGGUGGAAUGAUGUCUGACAAGAGAAUGGACGUAGACAAGCAUGUGUUCAACAUGGGCGAAUACAAGAAUGGCCCCUCUCGCCACCAGAUCCACAAGGACUCCAUGGACCGCAGUAACUACUUCGAUAAGAAUGUAAACCCCAUGUAUGGUGGUAGCAACGCAGCACAAGGCCGGAACUCCCAGCAGCCUUCAGUACAGCCUCUGAACUCUGCGCAGCCCAAUCUUCGUCCUCAAGUGCCUCCGCCUCUACUGCCCUCUCAGGUCCCUCCAUCUUUGAAGUACGCUCCCAACAAUGGAAAUCUGAAUCCCCUGCUGCCUCAGCAGGUCGCCAUGCUCAGCCAGCUGUCCCAGUUGUCUCAACUCUCCCAGAUCAACCAGUUGCGUCUCCUCCUCCAGCAGCAGAAGAUCAAUCCCAGGGCCAUGCCAGUUGGCCGGCAGCAGGAGCCACCGGGUCGUCCCCUGGGCCCGUCAGGCCAGAUGAUGCAGGCUCCGCGCCACCUGGACCCCUCUCUGCUGAAGCAGCAGAGUUCCCCGCAGCCCCCUUCCAUGCACCAGCACCAGCCGGGCCUCAAGUCCUACCUGGACAGCCUCAUGUCCCAAAAUGCGCCCGACAUGCAGAAGGAGCAGGCCAGCGCCAUGAGCUCCUUCACUAAUUUCCCUCUAGGUGGGUUCCCUCCCCAUCCCCAUUCCCGUCCCGCCACCCUUGCCCAGGCCGAUGUUGCUCUGUUGCACCAGCAAGCCCAAGCUGCCCAAUCCAAGGCCGGCAACACCAACAUGUUGUUUGCCCCUGAAAUGGCAGGCUGCAGCCCAGUCACCCAUGCUAGUCAGGCCCAUAGCCUCCUUAGCCCCGCACUGAGCAAUGGCCACAACGCGCCGGGCUCGCCCCUCCCAUCCCGGUCUGGGAGGACCUUUGCCUAUCCUGAAAACAACACAAUGUCCGCAAGAGGUCUGACCUCGAAUGUAAGCAAUCUCGACAUUGGUAGUGUUGGCUUCAAGGAGCCUCAGUCCCGCCUGAAGAAGUGGACUGCCAUGGAUAUCUCCAACUCCCCACUCGAUCAAAACCCCAGCAAACCUGGUGCUAUCUCUUCCGGUUUGAGGCUGGAGGACUCCCCCUUUGGUCCGUAUGACUUCAUGACGUCCAGCAGCUCCCCUCUGAGCCCCCCGGGCUCCGUCGGGGACGGCUGGCCCAACCGUGCCAAAUCACCUCAUGGUUCCAGCAAUGUCAACUGGCCACCAGAAUUCCGCCCUGGUGAGCCCUGGAAAGGAUACCCAAACAUUGACCCUGAAACUGAUCCCUUCGUCACUCCUGGCAGUGUGAUCAACAAUCUCUCCAUCAAUACAGUUCGGGAUGUUGAUCACCUCAGGGACAGGAACAAUGGGCCAUCCUCAUCACUUAACACCACGCUGCCUUCAAAUAGUGCCUGGUCAUCCAUUCGUGCCUCCAACCACAGUGGUUCCCUCAGCAGUACAGCACAAAGCACUUCCGCCAGAAACAGUGACUCCAAAUGGUCCCCUGGUACAGUCACCAACACCUCUUUGGCUCAUGAGCUGUGGAAGGUUCCUCUUCCCCCCAAAGGUCUCUCUGCUCCGUCCCGCCCUCCUCCCGGCCUGACUAAUCAAAAGCCGCCGCCCUCCUCCUGGGACAAUGGCUCCCUCCGGUUGGCUAGCUGGUCCGGUACUGACUCCAGAUAUACUCCUGGUUCCAGCUGGGGUGACAGCAGCUCAGGGAGAACUAAUUGGCUUGUUCUCAAAAAUCUCACACCUCAGAUCGAUGGAUCCACCCUGCGCACUCUGUGCAUGCAGCACGGGCCACUGAUUACAUUCCACCUGAACCUGCCGCAUGGCAACGCUGUGGUGUGCUACAGCUCCAAGGAGGAGGCCGCCAAAGCUCAGAAGUCUCUGCACAUGUGUGUUUUAGGGAACACUACUAUUCUCGCUGAGUUUGCUAGCGAAGAGGAAAUAAACCGAUUCUUUGCACAAGGUCAGUCCAUGACUGCCUCUCCUGGCUGGCAGACGUCGCUGGGCUCGUCCCAGAGCCGAGGCCUGGGGGCGCCGGGCUCCAUGGAAGGCUCAGCCCACCCCUUCCCUCCUUCCCGCACUGACCCCAAUCACUGGAACGGCAGUGGCCUGGCAGGGGCGCCGGGCCCUGGAGAGCUCCAUGCCUCCUCGCUGUGGGGUGGGGGUAACUAUUCCACUAGCCUGUGGGGCAGCCCCAGCACCAAUGAGGGGCCCCGAAUCAGCAGCCCCUCCCCCAUCGGCUCCUUCCUUCCUGUCGAUCACCUGACAGGAGGUGGGGAGGCCAUGUAGUAGUGGUGGUGGUAGUACGACGUUUCACUCACUUUCUCUGACUUAGAAAUAUCUAUAUAUAUUAUAUAUAUAUUUAAAAAAAGAAAAAAAAUAUAAAACAGAAAAAAAUCAAACAAAAAGCAUACAAAUGACCUAAAUGAAUAAAUAACCGUGACCUCAGAGUUGGAGUAGUUUAAAAGAGAAAAAAAAUCAUUAUCAUAUGAUCGAGACAGAUGGGGACAAAAAAAGAGAAAAAAAAUCAAACGGCACUAGUUGGACUCUCUUCACUUACAAAAAUAUGGCGGGGUCGCCCUGUGGAAAAAGUUACGUUGUUUCUUCUCUGCACAUAUGUCCACUUUGUUUUAGCCCAAAACAUAUCAGUUUGAAUACUUGAAUCAUGCAGGCCAAUACUAUAAUGUGAAAGGAUGUAUUUACACUUCCAGGUAGUGCUCUUCAUGCAGAAAAAAGCUUCAAUCGAGCUCGUGUUUUAUUCAUCAUGUUUAUUUGAAUUCCAAUUCGUUUUAUUUUUAUUUUUAUUAUUUGCAUUUGUUUGCUGACAAUGUUGGAGUAUGAGCUUUUUUUUCUUUUUUUCUUUUGUUUUAACUUUGCACUGAAUGUGGUUUUUCUCUGUAUAAUCUGCAAUAUGGAGAAAGCAGUCAGUUCCAGUGUAGCUGUUUACUCAAGGAUGUUCCUACAGUGUGCGCUCCACUAUGGCAUGCCUUGAUGGACGCCUACCUUAUUGUGCUAUUGUGGAGUUCAAGAUCAAGAUAUAAUAAAUGCUGACUUAGGAUUAUUUGAUGAUAUUACAGAAUUAAGUAUUGCACCAAUUUUGUGUUUUAAAACUAAAGAAUUUAGCUCUGCAGUGUGUAAAAACUGUAGCCACAGCUGUGACUUGCAAACCCGACCUGCAAGCCAGGGGGAACAGCACUUUCAAAUAGGCUUUCAAUUUUGUUUUGGAGGUGCCACAUCGUGCCCUCUUGUUUACAGACUUUUGAGGGGGAAAGUAUGCUCAUUCUUCCUUCAUUUUAAAAUAAUAAAAAAAGAAACAAAGAAAAAAAAACAAGCAAAAAAAUACAUAAGUUUAAAAAAAGAAAAAAAAGAAAAAAAUAUUAAAAUGAACAAAAAAAUGAUAUUGAGGAUGAAGACGAAGCGUUCUAUCUCUGGGAAUACUGAUCAGUGUUUGGCCAUGUUGUUGGUUAUUUGACCUAUUCCUCUUGUCUGCUAAAUAACCAGCAUGGUUCUCAGGAAAUAUAGCCAGUUUUCCCCUGUAGAAACAUUUGUAGGAAAAAUCCAACUUCUAGCACUGAAAGUACUUAUAGCUCUGUAAGUUUUUCUCUGCCAAAUAACUGCUUUAAGCUGGAGAUGGUCUACAUACUGCUUUCAAAAAAAUAUGCUGUCUUUUUAAUAAUGGGUGGAUAUGGUUUGCAGAAUCACCAUCUUGUCCUUUUUUCUCUUUCCCUCCUCUCAUGGGUGGCUCAAUGUUCUCCUGUCUCCUGCUCUGUGACCGUCAGUGUAACUGUCAGACUUCAGAAGAAAAAGCAGAAAUCUGUAACUAUGCAUACUGUAGCCCAAUGACACGGCCUACAGAAUGGCUUUUUCUUUGGUCAGAAGAAUCUUUUCUGUUUGUUUGUUUUGUAUAUUCUGAGUAAUGGCAAAAACCUUGUUUCCAAUAUUUCUCAUCGCCAGAGAUGGUGUUCAAUUUAUUUCUUUUUUUUUCUUUGUUUGGGGGGGGUAUUUUUAACAGUGCAAAAGUCGUCCACAUUUCAUUGCCUUGAUUCAAAUUGUGUCCGAAGAUGCAACAAGUCAAGUGGCUUUUAACUGUUUACAAAUAGAAUAUGAUUGUAACGUGUACAGUUUGGUUGUGUUAAUCUGAAGUUCCUUACAAUAUUAAUAAAUCAAACAUUUUUGGCUGCUCAUAUACAAUACCUGUAUUCUUUUCCUCUCCAGAGCUGGUUUUGUCAUUGAAAAUGGCUUGCCUCUGCAUUACAAAGCCAUGGAAGGCUAGAACAGAGGUGAAUGUAAACUAUUGCUGGUAGUUGAAUACAAGAAAAAAAAUGUACAUAGAUUUACGGACGAUAUACAUUAUUGAUUGUUUAGUUGAAGAUGCACAAUAUAUUUGAAAAGCUUCAAAGAGGUGAGGAAGAAUUUGAGACAGAUGGAGAGAGAGGGUGAGAGAGAGAUAUGUCAGCAUUAGGCUAAGCCAUGGACCUUAAUAUUUGUUUAAGCUGUUUUUUUUUCCUUCUCCAUUCUAGUUUUAUUUGAAUAGUAGAACUUGCUCACUGUGUUAAAUUAUCUGUAUUUAAUGACUCAAAAAGCGUAGUACAAAAACCCUUUGAGUAUUACCCUGACUUGACAGUGGUGUGCCAGUAUUGAACCAUAUUGAGUAACUGCUUUACCAAAUAUACUUCAAUCAGAAGAUUUGUUUACUUAAUUCCAGAUCUUGCUUCUCAUUUUGUUUAACAAAUAUUAAGAGGAACAUUGGAACCAGGUUUUUUGUGUUUCUUUUCUGGCAAGGGGUGGGGUGGGGUGGGGGGUACAGGGUUCAAGAAUAAACACAAUGACAAAUUAAAAAUGAAAAGCCUUGGAUUUGCACUUGGUGUACAUAAAAUGAAACUGAUUAGGUUGUACUGUAUUUUUUUUCCUGGAGGAGAGAACGGCUUUCUGUGGCUUCAGUGAUAGGGUUGGGGAGGUGUGAUGUGUGUUGUCUGUCUUUGGGAUUGUUUCCUGCACAAUGGCUAAUCCGAGCAGUGUGAGACAGAUUAACGAUGGUAACAGUUUUUUUACUUCUGUGUGCGUGUUUGCUCCUCAGACUCGGCCUGCUCUCUUCCUCGCUCUGAAGGAAACGACUGUAUUUGAGCUAUAGUUUAUGUAAACGCGGAGACCGUAUCGGGCCUUAAAGCCACGAACUCUCCGGCACUAGAGUGCUGUGAUUUUUUUUCCCCCUUAUUUUUUGUAAUUACUGUUCAUGUAUUCUUAAUUUUAUUAAGUUUUGUUCAUGGGAGGCCAGCGUCCCAGGGCUUUGUGCGUCUGGAGCUGUGUUGCCUUCCACUGUGUCCAGGGUAGAGGUGUGGCAGUACUGAAAGUUGGUGCGCUGUGCAUGGCUUUAACUAAUGGUUCUGAAUAGGAUCUUUCUAACUGUUGGGAGAGAGAUGACUUUGUGGUAUCAUCUCCCAAACUGUGGCUUUUGUUAAAUGGAGUGAAUUAAUAGCAUAGGGAAAGCCAUUUGGCACCCAAUUAAUUUCCACUUUUUCUUUCGUUUUGUUUCCCUGUUUUGUUUUUUUUCUUCUGUCUCCUGUCUUUCUUAAAAGUGAUGUCUUUAUGUAUGUACAGCUGUUUAGUGUUGGACAAAGGUGUCCCUUUUGAGACAUGAAAAAUUCACUGUCAUGCCAAAAUUUCUGAGGGGAGAGAGGGAGGAAAGGGAUUUGUUCUUUUGUAAAAGCUGGACAAUGUAUAUGCUUAAAAUGCCACUUGCAAAUGGAUGUUUUAAGGAAAUUCAUGAGCAAUGUACAAUCCCCAUUUUGUAUGGCCAUGCGAGGGUAGAGCGGAACACGGCUUGGCCCAACAUUCUACUUUUGUAUGACAAAAUGUAAUUCUUUUCUGAAAUUAUCCUGUGAGCAAAAUAUACCCAUGUCUUUUAAAUGGUUCCUACUGUUGAACAUUGUGCUACGGCAAUUGACUUAAACUGUAUUUCUGUCUUGUCAUUUAAAAACUCUUGAAGAGCUUCAGUAAUACAAACACAAAAAAAGAUGUAUGAGGGGUUGAAUCUUAACUUCCAUUUGGGAGAAUACUAAGAAAGUCUAUGCAGUGAGAAAUGAGGCUUCAAUGUGUUUUUUUUUUGUUUGUUUGUUUUUCCUCUCAAUAUAAUCUUACACAGUAGUGACAGGAGGAUAAAAAAAAUCCUGAAACAUGUGCCAUUAUUGAAUUUUAUGUGUUGUAUUUCUUUCCAAAAAAUAAUACAUUGGCCAGUUGUAGCAGAAGGAGCAUUACACUGGAAAACUUGCCUUUUCUCACUGUUCCUCCAACACAGAAUAUGUGGACGUGAAAAAAGCUGGAGUUUUCAAUGCAACCUCUUAAAAAAAAGAAAAACAAAAACAAAUAACUGAAAUCGUAUAUCAAAAAAACAUUCUUUGCGCCCUCAUAAACCUAUAUGCACACUGUUUUGGUUGAUUGUUUAAAGUUGUGUUGAAAUCAACAUCAAUAAACUUACUUAAACAAGCAGGAAGUACUUGUCACUGUCUUCCUGGGGUCAUCGUAGAAUUUUCACUUGGGGAACUGCACUUUUUGAAGGACAAUCCUUAUUUGUAUUGGUUAAAAAUGACAGGAAUUAGCCUAACAAUACAAGGUAGAAAACUCGUGUUUAGUGAUGAAUGUUUUUUUUCUGAUGCUGUUGUAUUUUAUUUUACUCCUUGUUGCUUGGUUUUCAAUUUUAGUGCUCUUAAGUGAACAUUGUACUAAGGUUGUAGAGUAGAUAUUAGGUCUUAUGUUGGCUGUACUCGUAGACUGAUAACUGUUUGUAACGUUCUGAUCCUCGACAUCAGAAUACAAAGCUGUAUAACUUGGGUACAACCCUCAAUAAAAAGCCUAACAUUAA